AUGAAGACAAACACUGUCGCUGCCACGGCAGCUCUGCUGGCAACGGCUUCAGCUUCGUUGUAUGGCGAGAGCAACGUCAACCACACUUGCGUCCUGCAACCUAAUUACCUCUCUUGCUCGGCUCAGGCCGAUCCCAAGACCGUCGACUCUUGCUGCGUGGAGACUUUCGGAGGGUUGUUCGUUUCGACGCAAUACUGGGACACAUACACUGGAUAUGAGGCGCAAGGACAGGUUUUGCCCGAAUUCAGCUGGACCAUUCAUGGCUUAUGGCCAGACUUUUGCAACGGCUCCUACACCCAGUACUGCGAUCUGUCCAGACAGUACGAUCCUGCUCCAUCGCCCAACACCACAAAUGGUCUUCCCAAUGGUACAGUUGUUCCGGCAUACAAGCGUCCUAGCAUUUCGACCUUCUUGGCACCCUUCGGCAGAUUUGAUCUCCUCGCCUACAUGAACAAGUACUGGGUCUCACAGGGCCAACCCAACGGUGACUUCUGGGGCCACGAAUUUUCCAAGCAUGCGACUUGCUUCAGCACGUUCGACGUCCCCUGCUAUGGACCAGAAUACCAGCCUCAUCAAGAAGUGAUCGACUUCUUCCAGACCGUGAUCCUCUACUACAUGCGCCUCCCAACCUGGGGCUGGCUUGGUAGCCACGGCAUCUACCCCAGCAACAGCACUACAUACACCUUGAGCAACAUGGAAGCAGCUCUGAGAGCAGAGUACGGCUCUACACCAUAUCUUGGCUGCUCUGGCCCUCGCUACAAUGAGACGACUGCUGGACGCAACUCGACAGACAAUGGAAGGACUCAGUUGAGUGAGGUGUGGUACUAUUUCCACUCUUACGGCAGGCCUCAAAAUGGUAACUGGCAGCACAUCAACCAAACUGGUUCGAGCUCUUGUGCUAAGGCUGCGAAUGCCAUUUCUUACUUCGAGAGGACGAAGACGUCUGUUGGUCCAAAUUAG